AAUGGUAGGCAUAUAUAUCAGAGGUACCAUUCUGUUAAGUGGUAAAAACGACAAGACUUUGAUCACCUUUACUUCCGGCUACACUCCUGCAGUAAAAAACCUUUCCCCGAUAAGCAAGAUUACGAACAAGUGCCACAGUGUCCAGAACAACAAAAAAAUGAAGUUGAUAGUCCUGUCUCUAGUCUUUAUGGCGAUAAUUUCUAUCGCAAAAACACAAACCAGAUAUGUAGCAAAAGCAGGUUCGUGUCCACCUGCGUUACCUGUACAAUUCUGCGGACGUUCCUGCUACGUUGACGCACAUUGCGCUGGAAUUGGCAAAUGUUGUCCGACCCGGUGCGGUGGUUCCAUUUGCUCCAUGCCUGUCACGAUGACGCGGCCUAUCCAAACAGAAAAACCAGGAUCUUGCCCAUCGAUACCGACAGGAAGAUGGAUAUGUUCGUCGACUUGCAAUAGCGACAACGAUUGCAGAGGAAACCUGAAAUGCUGCAAAAAUAGAUGUGGGGCCCUAGCUUGUCAAAAACCGGAGAUCGAAAUAUUGGAAUCCGUCGAAACCCCGAUUGAACCAAUUGUUCCGCGUUUUGGAAAUGAUUACAAUAAUUACUAAAGAGAUUGCUAAUCCUCGUUUUUAUCUGCGUUAUAUUUAUACUAACAAACAUAUAUAAACUCGAUAUACUUUUACAAUUUUAUACUUGAUUUAAUAAUUAUUUUAUUUUUUGUAAUUUAGAGCAAUAAUUAUUGCAUUAAGAAAAAAGAAAUAGCAUAUAUUUAUCAUAAUAUGAUUUUUAGCAAAUUUUUAUCAUAGAAAAGUUGAAGGAUUUUUGAUCGGCAACGAUUUUUUUAGACCAUGAGAUUGUUAAUUAAUAAGACAAUUUAUAUUUAUAUUAUUUUAAUCUAUCUGCUAUAUUCGCAAGAUAAAUUCAAUAAAUAUUUAAAAAUAUUAAAAAAAAAUAAAAUUUAUAUCUGAAUAUAAAUUCAAUAUCAAUGUAUAAAACUGUAUGUAAAAAGGGACUGUUAAAAUGAAGAAUGUUUAAUAAAUCUUUCCUCAUCAAUAA